AUGGCUGGUUUAUUGACGGGGCCCUUUCUUGGGGCCGCGCUGCUGUUCUUCCUUUUUUUCAGGAAGUGGAAUUCAGGGCUUGAUCAUAUACCCCUCGUCAAAUACAACUCAUACCUUCCCGAUAUCCUUAAUAGGAUCAUCUAUUAUCCCAAGGCAUGGCUGAUGAUACAACGAGGCUAUGAACUGGUUUGGACAUCCUCGAAUUGCCAUUCGUUGUUUUGUAUGAGCUAUAUUGACAAUUCACAGUACAAAGAAAGCCCAUUCCGCAUGCUCACCGGUGAUGGCGAAGUCGUUGUUUUGCCAACCAAGUACCUAGAUGAACUGAGAUACAUGGUGGCCUCCGAUCUGAGCUCGCUGCAUGCGCAAUAUGAGAAUGCAUUGGGGGACUAUACCAAUAUCGUGAUUAGCAGCUAUUUGCCGGCCACUACGAUCAGAAAGUGUCUGAAUCCCAGUCUUGCUCGAGUCAUACCCUGGAUAAUCGACGAGUUACAAGAUGCGUUUCAAGAAGCGAUGCCAGAUUGCGAGGAUGACUGGGUCGCCAUAGAGCCUCAUGACGUUUUCGUACGUCUGAUUGUCCGAGCAACGUCGCGUGUCGGAGCCGGCCACGUCCUUCGGCGCAAUGAAAAAUGGAUUCAAGCUGCAAGCAAUUAUUCAGUCAAUGUGGGGAUAACAAUUUUGCUUUUGCGCCCAUUACCGAACUUCCUCCGACCCUUCGUCGCGCCAUUUCUGCCAUCGGUACGACAGAUAAACCAACAACUACGGUACGUUAAGCAGCUAUUUGCGCCGAUGGUCAACGAGCGCCGAGUAGCUGAAGCUGCCAAUGACCCGACCUACAAGAAGCCGGACGACUUCCUACAAUGGAUGAUGGACGGGGCCGAAGAUGAGCAAGACUUUGACCCUGAGUUGCUAGCACACCAUAUGCUUCUCAUUAUGAGUCUGGCAAUUACGCAUACAAGCUCCAUAGCACUGACCCAUACUCUCUAUGAUCUGAUUGCAAGACCGGAGUAUCAAGCGCCUCUGCGCGAAGAGGUACGAAGAACUCUACAGAGUGGAUGGGAGAAGGCGACAAAGGCAUCGUUCGAUGCGCAGCGACGCUUGGAUAGCUUUAUGCGAGAAUCACAGCGGUUUAAUCCACCAGGCGAUUUGUCCAUGCAUCGUAUUGUUAUGCAUCCAUUGACCCUAUCUGAUGGUAUUGUCCUUCCCCGAGGCACUCACAUCUGCUUUCCCUCCGGUCCGAUGACGAGAGAUUCUACCUUCAUCGAUGAUCCCAACGCCUUCGACGGAUUCCGAUGGUGCCGAGACCCAAACGAUCGAAACGCUCUCGCGCUGACAAAGAAAAUUGGAGAUCCAGAUGAUAUCGACAGUGAAAAGCUGCAGCCUCUUUCACGCAAGUCGACAAAUCCGGGUAGCUACGUGACAAUUACUCCUGCGACCAUGCACUUUGGAUUCGGGCGCCAGUCUUGUCCGGGCCGAUUCUUUGCGUCGUAUUUACUCAAAGCCAUUCUGAGCCGGAUCCUGAUGGACUAUGAGUUCAAGUUCGCGAAGGAUCAGGCUGGAUGGCGGCCAGCCAAUCUUUAUGUAGGCGAGCAUAUCUUUCCGAAUACUCAUACGCCUGUAUUGCUGCGGAAGAGACAAGUCAGAGCGUGA